UAGCGGACUGACAGGUCGUCAGCUCAGCUCUCAUUGACUUUUUUUCCUGUGUGGCAUUUAAUCCAUCGUUUUUUGUUCCCAUGGCUCAAGUCUUCAAACUCCUGGUGGUGCUUUGGCUUUUCACAGCCUGUCUUGGAGACUUACUUGCUACAGAAGGUGGGGGUGACACACCAACAGAAAAACCAACCACAGCUGCUCCCGUUGACCCACCAACGGAAAAACCAACCACAGCCGCUCCCGUUGACCCACCAACGGAAAAACCUACCACAGCCGCUCCCGUUGACCCACCAACGGAAAAACCAACCACAGCCGCUCCCGUUGACCCACCAACGGAAAAACCAACCACAGCCGCUCCCGUUGACCCACCAACGGAAAAACCAACCACAGCCGCUCCCGUUGACCCACCAACGGAAAAACCAACCACAGCCGCUCCCGUUGACCCACCAACGGAAAAACCAACCACAGCCGCUCCCGUUGACCCACCAACGGAAAAACCAACCACAGCCGCUCCCGUUGACCCACCAACUGAAAAACCAACUACAGCCGCUCCCGUUGACCCACCAACGGAAAAACCAACCACAGCCGCUCCCGUUGACCCACCAACGGAAAAACCAACCACAGCUGCUCCCGUUGACCCACCAACAGAAAAACCAACCACAGGUGCUUCCGUUGACCCACCAACGGAAAAACCAACCACAGCUGCUCCCGUUGACCCACCAACAGAAAAACCAACAACAAAACCUGAACCAAACCCUUGCGAGUCAAACCCAUGUGGCAUUGGCAGCACCUGUGUACCUCGGUUCGAUGAAAACUUUGAUUGCCUGUGUUCACCUGGUUAUGUCUACAAUGGAGACAGAAAGACUUGUGAGGGUGCUAAGGUUUUCCCUGGAGAACUGACCCUGACACAAAACUACGAAAAUGAAAUGGAAGAUCCACGAUCAGAAAUAUUUUUAACUCUCUCACAAACCAUUAUUUCUGAGCUGGAAAAGGUUUUUCAAGAAACUGAUGGCUACACUACUUCUACGGUGCAGAAACUGCUGCCCACAAGUAAUGCCAUAGAUGGGUCCAGAAACGAGAGGGGGGUCCUGGCUCAAGUGGAGAACAUAUUCGAGGCAGGAUCAAAAUUGGAAACAACUGAAGUUACAGAAGCAUUUAAAAAUGGGAUUGAAGACUUAGCUGACGACUCCGUGCUGAAAGAAGCAAAACUUGAAGCGAAAAAUCUGUGUGAUACAAAUUCCUGUGAUGGGGACACCACUACAUGUGAAGCCAGUGCUGGAUCUUUUACCUGUGAGUGUAAAAAAGGGUACAUCAAGACGGCCUACAGCGACAGAGUGUGCAUCGCUUGUCCCAGUGGGAAAAAACCUGAGAAAGACAGUUGUGUCAAUUGUCCCUAUGGUUAUUCUGGCUUUAACUGCAAUGAAUCAUGGAAAUUUGUGCUAACAAUUGUUGGGUCUGUGCUUGGGGGACUGCUGCUCAUCUCAGUCAUUGGUAUGAUUGUACUGGCAAGCAGACCUACCAAGAAGAAGUCCAAGAAAAACAAAGAAAAAGACACUGGGAAAGGGAAUGUCAGCAACUUUUCUGCAAAAGCACCAUUAGUCAACGGCAGCUCAACCAACAGCCAAGCAGCCUCUUUGAAUGGUACAACCAGUACUUUUGCCGGGGUGCCUAAAAUCCCAAGGGCUAUGACCUCAAGUGGCAUCGACCGCAGGACCAACCUGGAGAUGACUCCCAGCAACAGCCGGCAAAAUCUAGUCUCUGCUGGGAAGAACCAGCAGCUCUAUGACGACCCUGACGACAUAAACCCAUACGCUCAGGCUCGAUCCCAGACUAACCCCUACGCUCAGGCUCGAUCCCAGACUAACCCCUACGCCCAGAAUCGACCUCAGAACCCGUACUCCUCCAACCAGGGAAAUACCAACUUUAACUACAUCCAUGACAAUGGGAGACGGUUAUAUUAAUAAGUAACAGAAAAUGGACUUCCAUCCAGAUCAAAAACUUGGAGACAUUUUAACUGACCCAAAUAAAUACACCAUAAAUUCACCAUUAUGUCAAGAGUUAUGCAUAUUGAAGGAGUGGUUAAUUCAAUUGUUCCUACAGUAAUGUGCUUUCAACACAUUGACCUGCAUAGUUUGAAUUAAAUUGUGGCCAAUUAUAAGCUGCCCACUUUCAUUUUUGUUUCCAUUAUGAAAGUUUGGGAUAUGGGGUAGACUGCAAGUCUGUUCAAAUGUUUAAGUCACUUUCAGUACCAAAGACGUCAGAUUUCACGGAUCAUGAUAAAACACAUGGGCCAGAAUCUAUAAGAUAAAACUCAUCGUUUGACCAAUUACUGCCCUGCUCGUUGGUGAAUGUAGUAGUUAUGACAUUAUAUCAAAUGUUAAUGUUGAGUUAUAAUGUCAAACUAAUUUUAUUAUGAGACGAGCUUCUUUUGGUCCGAUCAAAUUUUUAUCUAUCUAUCUAUCUAUCUAUCUAUCUAUCUAUCUAUCUAUCUAUUGUUUUGUGUAAAAUGUUUACCAUGAAAAUUGUUUGUUGUUCUUUUUUGUAUUACUGACUAUAUAUAUUAAGUCAACUGUCAUUUUUUAUUGCCACUAAAUUAUUGUAUAAUGCUAAUGAAACAAAGAUCUAAGAAAUUUCAGUUCAGUGUUCAAUCCAUAAAUAUGUAUUAAUACAAAAGAAUGAAUUGAGUUUUUAUUUAUUUAUUUACAAUUUUUAUUAGAUUUUGAUUUGAACACAUCAUACAUUGUUUUGCAGCAAACACUGCAAGCAAAAGUGUAUUUAAACAUAGAGCAGCUGCUGCUUUAAGGUAGUUACAGCAUUUUAAGAUUCCUUUCUCUUACCCCCCAAUAACCCACCCAACCCUCCUUCAAUCCCACCCAUCCUUCUCCCCACCCAGCUGUCCCCUGAAGUCAAGAUUCUAUACAUGAGAACACAUCAAUGUUUCUAAAUUACUAUAUGAGUUACUAAGGGUUGUAAAAACUGCAUAACUGCUUCAUUCAUUCAUCUUCAUUCAGUGGUACUUGUAGGCUAUCAUAGAACUCUAAAAAUGGAGUCCAAGUCUUCCUAAAACUCUGUAAGGAGCCUUUUAGGGUGUAUUUAAUUUUUUCAAGCUUUACGAAAUACAUAGUGUCCUUGAAUUGAUUUUUUAAAAUUUAACCUAUACUUUACCAGGAAAAAAAACUUGCUCAAGAUAAUCCUAGCCAAGUCAGGCAGCAACACAUUCGAAUUAUAUUUUUUUGUCCACGUUUCAGCUCAUAGAAAUUUCAUUGGACAAUUAUACAUUAGAAGCAAGUAGCGGGGAGAGAGCUUGGUCUUGGGUGGGGGCUCAGCAGUAUAUUAGAGUGUCAUCAGCAUAAAAAUGAAAAUAAGUAUUACACUUGUUUGGAUUGAUGUCAUUUAUAGAAAGAAUGAACAGGAAUGGCCACAGGUAGGACCACUGAGGCACACCUUUGUUUAAAGUUAGUGAGCUCGAAGUAAACCUCAUGCCUGCAAAC